CCCUUUUCCUUUUUCACUACCAAAUAAGGCAAAGUCUUGUAAAUUCUUCCGCGAAAGGCAAGGAUCGUUCCGGUCGUCAAGUAAAGAUAAACACAUAACAGCCACGCGACCUCGGAGGAGUCAGACGUCCCUUCUCUCUACACUCCUUGAAACGGGUUUCCUCCUUCCACAUUUCAUCCGCAUUUCACAUUAUGAUCCCUUCUCCAAACCUCUACCUCUCUGCGCUUCCAAAUAUCUCUUAACCCAACUGAGCACGACAGGAUUGAUGCUUACAGUCGAGAGAACAAUUGCGGCGUUUCUGUUCGUUAUAUUCUCCAUGCUUCUGAAAUUAUGAAGCGAGACCAGCUUUCCUCCGAAUGCGGUGGCUGCGGCUCCGAGGAGCGAUGGCUCCUCCACAACGUCCGGCACCGAGGAAUCUACCGACGUCUCUGUACUUCUUGCGUCUUGAAGUUCCAUGGCGGAUCAUUUUGCCCUCAUUGCUUUGAGGUGUACGAGGGGUCUCUACCUCCACAUGAACGCGUCAUGUGCUUGAAAUGUCCGUCUGUUGCACACCUGGCCUGUGUCGGCAUUGAAAGUGCUCCUCGUUAUGUUUGUCCCACAUGUCUAAACCCUGCCUUCUUGUUCUUCGAAGUUGGUGCCUCGAGUAAGAAGAUCAAAGUCGGGGAAGGUGAUUCGGCGAAUGGUGGAGGGCGGCGGGUGCUUGAUCAGAAGUCUGCCAAGGUUUUUCUUGCUUCUGCAAAGAUCGCUGCUGUUUCGAUGAGCAAAGCGGCGGCUGUGGCUAGGAUUGAGGCCGAAAGAAGAGUUAAAGAAGCCUCAGUGACGAAGAAGAGAGCACGGGAGGCGUUGGAGCGAGUUGCUUUCCUCGUGGCAAAGGAGAAAGAGAAAGACAAAGACAAAGAGAAGGAGAAGGAGAAGGAGAAAGAGAAAGACAAGGAGAAAGAGAGGGGAAAGGAAUUGGCGCGUUCCAUGGUGGAGCAGAAGAAGAAACCGAAAGGGAAUACUGCUGUUACUGCUGCUGUGGCUGCGCACAAGCGGAUACAAAGUAACCCUAGGGCUGGGGGAAAUGGUAAACCUGGUGGGGUUCUGGUACAUUUGAAUGAUAUUGGUUCAAGCGUGAAAGAAAGGUUGACAGGGACGAAUCUUUCAACUGUAGUGCUAGGGCUGCCUAAGAAUGGUGUUUCCAUUGGAAACAAGGAUAAACAAAAAGUGGUGCCGGGUUCUGGCGUGGUGCACCAGCAACUUCAGAACCAUGCUUCUGUGAAAGAAAAUGAUAAGUUGGGCAGUAUGCUUCAUUUACAAAAUCAUAAUAUACAAGUUGAGAAGGAGAAGAAUAACAAUGGAGUGCUUACAGUUCCUCCAGUCGUUGGACAAUUGCAGCAUCCUCAACAUGAUAAUGGUGUGGAAGAGGAGAGAGGCCAGUCAGGAUUAGUGGAUUCUGAGUUGGGUUCCCGACUGCCCCAAUCAAACCAAGAUAAAUUGGCCGCAGAGACAAUUUCAGGAUUUUUACUUACAGGAUCAUCAAAUGCUGCGGGUUAGCCUUGUAAGUGGACCUACUCGUGGCAAAUUAAAAGAGCAAUACUGCAGCGGUACGAUUGGAAUGCAGAUAUCAUCCUGUUUGUUCUGCAGUGGUAGUGCCUUUGUUGCCAGAUCACGAUACUCCUUGCGUUGCCAGCAGGACUGACUAUUAUGCCAUGGCAGAGAGAGCAUGCAUGUAGUACGGGACGUGGUACUGUGGUAGUGUGCUGUGUGAUGGGCAAACGAGGUGACCACAUUGGUGUCACGUUAUUGGUUUUGUGCUCAUGUGAUGGGUGAAAAGUAAAUACACCCAGAGCAUGAUCCAUGUCGAAGACUUGGUCCCACCAUUUGAUCCUUAGCAGGGACAGCUUUGGAAAAUAAUGAUCUAGUCUGGUUAGAUUAUUGAGGAUCCUAGCUGUCAGAUGCAUUGCAUUCCUGUAAACUGUCACAACGGUCAUGGUGAAUGAUGUGAGUAAAUUGUUUUACCCUUGCCGUCGAAA